UAUAUAUAUAUAUAUACCGUUGGGGCGAAAAGUUAAGGAAGCUCGACGGCGGAGUUUACAGAGAGAUAAAAACGGGUUUGAGUAUUGAUAGAUAACCUUGGCUUUGUUACUUGCAAUUGAAUGAUCUAUAAGAGACCAAGAGAUUUCUGAGGACCAUCACUGUUUCAUUCUGGCAUGGGAUUGGAGGAAAGGGCCGACACACUUAACAAGCAAGGCAAAUUUAAUCAGACAUCGACUAUUUGCAAGCAUGCUUUUUCUGACCUAACACAUAUUUCUCCAUUGGUAUUCAUAUACCUCUUGAAAGCGUGCUAUUUCAAUGGCACAUAUAAGGCAACUAAGAAGUUCCGAGUGCUUCAAGAACAGGUUCAUCUAGUACUGCGCAAUGAUCCCCAACCUGGACCAGCUACUUUUGUUAUUCAGUGCCUCUAUGUCUUGCCUAUAUUUGAUUUAUACUCUGAAGGGUUCAGUCAUUUGAUUAUAUCUGCUCUUCGCCGUUUCCUGAAAAUGGAAACUUCCACAUGGGACUCUUUAGAAGCAAAAGACCUGGCUUCCCAACUAUUUAUCGAUGUUGUUGGGGGCUCUGUCAAUCAUGAUGAGAGGAUAGUUGAGAAGAUUCUUGAAGCUUUUGAUAUUCAUCUGCCAAACAUUGAUAAAGUAAUGUGCCUGAGUGCAAAGAAUGAUUGCAGAUUUGACACUGCAAAAAAGUUCGUUGAGCAAUAUAUAUUUGGACUGAUAGAGUCUCAGUCAUAUAUGACUGCAGUUACUCUUUUAGAGCACUUCUCUAUCCGCCAAUCUGGCCAAUCUUUUCUCCUUAGUAUGAUAGAAAGCAAACAAUUGAAAGCAGCAGAUAAGUGGGCAACAUUCAUGGGAAAGCCAAUGUUAUGCGUUCUUGUCCAGGAGUACUUUGACAGGAACAUGCUAAAAAAUGCUUAUGAGAUUAUACAGAAAAACAAUCUCCAACAUGAAUUUCCCAAUGUUUAUCAUAAGUACAAAGAAAGCUCACUAAAGAAAUUAGCAGAAAAAGGAUGCUGGGAUGUCGCAGAAGCAAGGACAAACAGUAAUAGACAACUUCUUGAAUAUCUGGUUUAUUUAGCAAUGGAGGCUGGUUACUCAGAAAAGGUUGAUGAACUUUGCGAUCGAUACUCUCUUGAAGGUUUCUUGAAUGCCAAUGUACCCGAGGCAAGUCUUCUCCAUAGUCGUUUUUUGCAUCUCAGUGAGCUGGUUGUAGAAGGCGUUUUUUGGGUUGAUGAAGUCAAUGCCUUGCACAAUGCAACCUCUCAUAUUGAGGGAUGCAAAGUUGUGGGUCUUGAUUGUGAAUGGAAACCGAACUAUGUAAAAGGCAGCAAACCGAACAAGGUUUCUAUCAUGCAAAUUGCUUCUGAUAAAAUGGUUUUCAUAUUUGACUUGAUCAAGUUAUUCAAUGAUAUCCCUGACGUUCUGGAUGAUUCCUUAACUCGCAUUUUGCAAUCUCCUAGGAUUCUAAAACUCGGCUAUAAUUUUCAAUGUGAUAUGAAGCAGUUGGCUCAUUCAUAUGAAGAGUUAGAGUGUUUCAAACACUAUGAGAUGCUACUGGACAUCCAGAAUGUAUUCAAAGAACCUCGGGGUGGUCUGUCUGGGCUUGCAAAGAAAAUACUGGGAGUUGGUUUGAACAAGACAAGGAGGAAUAGCAAUUGGGAGCAACGGCCUUUGACGCAGAAUCAGCUGGAAUACGCAGCUCUUGAUGCCGCUGUUCUGAUUCACAUAUUUCGCCAUGUCCAUGGUCAUUCUCAGACUGCUGAAGGGGAGGGGCAUAGAAAACUUGAGUGGAAAUCCUGCAUUGUUUCCCACAUGGACAACAUCAAGAAGUCCAAGAAGGGCAGUAAAAAGUAGUCAUCGGAAGCUGAAACUAAGGAGGAUCAGCAAUUUAGUUAGCUGUGUAGUAAUUCUCCCCUCUCCACAGCAUUAGCUUGAUAUUACGUGUAAAUUUAACCAUUAGGUCGAAUGCGACCCUGUUUAACCAUAUAGAUGAUGGUCUAUAUAUCAUUUGCCUUAUUCAAAAUAUAAUCUCCCUUGCUGUUUAAUAUAUAAUGGAAGCCGUCUCAGGUUCGACUCGCUC